GAAUUGCCAGCAAAGGUUCACAGUAUACUGGCAUCUGCUGGAUUAGCGCUCAGCACGUUCUUCAACAUGAUGUUGUGAUUGGCUGACGUCUUCAUCGAGCCGAAGUCCCAACAUCAGGCACGAUCACUGGAUGAGAAGCUUGACGCUGCGAAUACCCGUGUUUCCUUUGCCGUCGUCGCUCGGCGCUUAGUCUUAUGUACUACAUCGCAGGGACAGCUCGCUCUACGACUUCUGAUUGCUAUUACAUGGAGAGAGAUCUUUGUGUCCUCAGCGAUUCUUAUCAUCUUGAAGCAUGCCUAGUCCGCGACUGAUACUUGGAUCACCAUUCAAAGGCGACACUUGGCAUGAACUCAUGCUCCAGAUGAUCGGGGGGACCAUGCCCCAAAUAACCGACGCGACCUGCAAGUGGAGCGAGGGAAUGCAGCGCAAAAGAAAAGCGCAUGCAGAGAUCAUUGCAUACAUGGAACGCCUCGAGAAUAUGAGUCCAGGGGAAGAAGAAUUCCAAGAAAGCUGUCGCGUGGCUCGAGAACGGAGAGGUCUCCCACCUUGCGUAUAUCCCAUGCCAGAGGCGCCUGUUGAAAUCAUAGCUGGCCCAAGUCAACCGACUCCUCACACCCAGUCAGCGCAGGAUGAAGAACGGAGACUAAUUUCUACUCCUACCCAAGAACAAGCCAUUUUAGUGACAGGAGCAGGCAUUCACCCACCAGUUGCAGUGGAGCAGGCUUUUUCCGUGCACGGUAACAUCCCUCGUGGAAACGAGCAAGAGGCAGCCGACGUUUCCUUAGCCAGCACGACCUACGAGGAUGGGGGCUCACUUUAUGCAUACGACUCGGGCACAAUCUUUGAGGAUGGAGGUACGAUCCAAUCGCACGACUCCAUUCCUACUGAUAGGACACCCACUCCAACUGGUUCCUCUAUGUACCGUCUACCAGAGCUUUCGUUCACAGGGAGCGCUCUUGGACUGAGCUUCGAUUCUCUCGAAACAAUCGCCGAUCCCGGUCCGACACAGGUAGUAUUGAUUGCCUCGUCUUCUACGACGUCUUUGCCGAUAAGCACCAACGGGACCAUAUCCUCUGCAGGCUACGCAUCAGAUACAGAAGAUCUAGAGACAGUCGAGGAGGAGAGAGGCGGCGUGAGUGGGAGGAAGAGCUCGGAGCGGCGGAACGGGUUGUUUCAGCUCCAUCAAAUGUCUGCGGACCGUGAUCGACAACCAAAACGAGCACACGCUCCAGGACGAUACUGGAUACCACAUGUUAGAGCGAGUGCAGCAAGCAGCGCUGGCGAGAGAGCAUGUGGUCCAGGGGGAUGA